AUUCCUACAGGGAUUUUACUGGCUACGUGCAGGCAGACAUGAACAAACCUUGUUAAGAGGCGAAAAAGGGAAGUCUCCUGGAUCCAUUCAAAGGCUGAGAGGACUCCAGCUGUUGCUGGGGAAUGGGGAUGAUGCUCCCGAGAAACUUGUGCCUGGCCCUUCUCAUGCCCUUCCUGGUGGAGGCUCAGUAUGAGAAGUACAGCUUCAAAAGUUUCCCCCAGAAGGACAUGAUGCCCCUGGAGUCCGCGUACAACUACGCGCUGGAGCAGUACGCAGCGCAGAGCUGGGCGGAGAGCGUCAAGUACCUGGAGCUCAGCCUGCGGCUCCACCGGCUGCUGCGGGACAGCGAGACGUUCUGCGGCCGCAACUGCAGCUCCGCUAGCCGGGACAGCGACUCCCCGCUCCCCGACAGCAACCUGCGCGUUGUGCGCCACAUCCUACUGAGGGCUGCCUGCCUGAAAAAGUGCAAGGAGAAUUUUCCAGUUUUUAAACUCUCCUAUCCACGUAGGGAUUUACUGGAAACGUUUGAGAAAAGGAUACCGUAUCGGUACAUUCAGUAUGCUUAUUAUCAGCUUAACAACAUGGAAAAGGCUGUGUCUGCAACUCACACCUUCCUCAAGAAAAACCCAGAUGAGCCCUAUUUGACCAAAAACAUGAACUACUACAAGAGCCUGUUUGAUGUGGAUGAAUAUCUCAUCGACCACGAGGAGCAGCCGUAUGAAAGUGUUUUCCUAAAGAGCGUGGUGCUCUACAACAGUGGAGACUUCAGCAGCAGCGCCAGGAACAUGGAGCAGGCCAUCACGCAGUACUUUGAGGUGUACAGCCUCUGCUCAGCAGGCUGCGAAGGCUCCUAUGAAAUCUUGGAGUUUAAAGACUUCUACCCAUCACUAGCAGAUCUAUUCCUUGAUGUGCUGAAAUGUAAAGUGAAAUGCGAGGAGCAGCUGACACCCAACGUCGGCGGGUUCUUCGUGGAAAAGUUUGUUGCCACCAUGUUCCACUACCUUCAGUUUUCAUACUAUAAAUUGAAUGACGUGAAGAACGCGGCUCCCUGUGCAGCCAGUUACAUGCUGUUUGACCCCAGCGACCAGGUGAUGCAGCAGAACAUUGCUUAUUAUCGUUUCUACCGGGAGCAGUGGGGCCUCAAGGAGGAGGACUUCCAGCCUCGGCCUGAGGCCCUGAGGUAUUAUAACCAGACAAUCAAACAGAAAGAAAUGCUCGAGUUUGCACUGAACUACCUCUACACAGACGAUGAGGACGUGGUGAGUCCAGAAGAAGCAGUCACUUCUCACUCUGAACAUCCUGAUGCUGAAUUUGAAGGGAUGGGUGACUAUGAGGAGUCCUUCCUGGCAGAAUGGUGGCAGGAACCGAAAUCUAAGUGGGACGCUGGUGAGGAUGCCGACUGACAUCCAUUUUUAUCCCACCUCCCAUUUCUACAAACCAAAGACUUUCCAACUGACAGACAUCUACAUUUUUUUUAACAGUGUUAAGAAAAAGACAGCAGAACUGAUUGGUUCAUGUUGUUUUCCCACCCAGUCAUAUUGAUCAACAAUAGAGACUGAUAUUUGGUCUUUGCUGCCAUCAGCCUUAUUUAAACUGUUAUUUUCUUGCCAGUCAUUGACCUGCGCGCUGCCAAGUAUUCACAACAUUUCUGUAUUUUUUUCCUCAUUUCUUUUUUUAAUUUAAAGAAAGUUGAAUGUCCUUGUGCUGUUUUUAUAAGUAAGUUGACUCGUAACAUUUCUUAUGCUGAAUUUUUACCACCAGCAACAGUUUGGUUUUCAAGCGAUGUUGCUCGCAAUUAAAAUAUUAUUUUAAUAAUUACGAU